UGGUUCUCGACGGGCAAACCAGACCAUUUUGCAACCCAGUGUCGUUAUCUCCUUACCGCCACGCCGUCAAUCGACUUUAACACGGCUCGUGCCUUUUAGCUAGUUAUCCUUACAGUGGCAAGUCUAUCUUCAGGAUGGAUCCUGAUUGCGCGAUAUGCCACGCUCCGGCCAACAUGGCAUGCGAGUGUGAGGCUAAGGGCCUCGACGUUGCUGUCAAACAAGCCGAGGAUCGCAUGAUGCGGUCGAUAUACAAUGAAAUACGUUCUUGGGUCCGAGGGCAUGCACAAGACUACAUACUUGAAUACUUCCGCCUCCUAACUGAUCAACGAAAAACUGCCCAUGCUGCGCAUAUGGAUCGAAUUACUGCCCACGCCUAUCACUACUACCACGCACCGCCUCAUCCGACACAAGUUGCUGAAGCGCAAGCGUCGCUCAAACGCGGAAUUGACGAAGACUGGCAAGCGAGCGUACAACGGUAUCCUGAAGUUUUGGAAUAUUUCUUUGGACUUGUUGAACUUACACUACCGGCGGAGGAUGAGCCAGCUGUAAAGGAUCCGCCAUUGGGCUCAUUGGCAAGCUCGCGAAAAGUGAAUCGUCGAAGCGGUACUGCCCCUCCCGGUGCCUCUGCUGUAGUCGCACCCCCAGGAUAUCGUGGUGAUCCAGGCCAGAUGCAUCCGCAGGAGCCUCCUAUGCCCCGACCCGAUCGUCGAACUCCCGGCCCUCAAAUGAGACGGCCUAACUUUGGGGCUAUCCCGCCGCCAAUGCCGGGAGCCUAUAAUUUCCCUCCUCCAUACUGAGCGAUUACAAAUGGCCAAUACGUUAAUUGUGAGCAUCUAUCUCCGGGUGCUGAGUAUGCUACAAAAAAUCCAUAUUACGAUUUCUACGAACAUCACGACCAUUGCAUAACUAGGGCGUGGAGUAUUACCGGCAUAGCAAACCACGGCGGCACCAUUACUGGGGUUUUUGAAGUUUGGGCUGACGAUGCCAUUUGUGUUUGAGUAGAAGCUUUCCCGCCUGGCACUUUUUUCCU